ACGAUGCCACUUUGCAUCUCGCUCGCUGCCAUGGCCGCUUCAUCGUCGAUCGCGCACCUGGCGACGUGCGUCGGGGGCAUCUACGUGUGCUACCUCUCGUACGGUAUCUUCCAGGAAAAGAUCUUCAAAUACCGCGAUGCGGACGGCGCCAAGUUCACGGCCACGCUCUUCCUCCUCUGCGUGCAAUGCAUCAUGAACUCGGCCGUGGCCUACGCCGCCACGUUUGUCUGGAAGCCGACGACCAAGUCGGUGCCGUUGCAGCCGUUUGCAUUCUCGGCCUUUGCGUACCUCGGCGCGAUGCUCUGCAGCAACGAGGCGCUCAAGCACGUGAGCUACCCGACGCAAGCCCUCGGCAAGUCGUGCAAGAUGAUUCCGGUCAUGCUCAUGGGCGUCCUCAUCGGCCGCAAGAAGUAUGCGCUCAAGGAGUACCUCUCCGUGGGCCUCAUCACGCUUGGGAUUGUUGUCUUCCAGCUCGGGAAGGGCUCGUCCAAAUCUGGCCAAGAGAACAGCUACUACGGCCUCGGCCUUCUGUUUGUGAGCCUCGCGCUCGACGGCGUCACGGGCCCCAACCAGGAGGCGCUCUCGACCACGUACAAGCCGUCCGUGCACCAGCAAAUGCUCAACACCAACGUGUGGGCUGUCAUCUACACGGCGAUUGGAUGCGUGGUGACGGGCCAGGGCGCGGAAGGCUUUGCGUUUUGCAUGCGGAAUCCCGAAAUCUACUCGGCGCUCUUCCUCUUCUCGGUCUGCAGCGCGCUCGGCCAGAACUUUAUCUACUUUACCAUCCAGCGCUUCUCGGCCCUCACGUGCACGACCAUCACGACGACCCGCAAGUUCUUUACGAUCCUCGCCUCGGUGCUCAUCUUUGGGAACGCGCUCUCGCCGCAGUCGUGGGCUGGCGUCGCGAUCGUGUUUGCCGGCCUCGGCAUCGAACUCACGACCAAGUACGCCAAGUACGCGGCCAAGGCCAAGCGCAUCGAGUAAAAACGCUUUAAAUACACAUACAACACUGCUUACCUCGAUCGCCUGCAAAGGCAGGGUUGGCCGAGCAGCUGAGGCGACA